GAUUUUAUUCGGUUCUAUUACAAGCACUUUAAUGAAUUAGAGCUCUCUAAACAUUCGAGCCAUCUUCUUCCCUUAUUACUCGCCCAGGUGUUUCCCCCUUUACGCCUUUUUCCUUGUGGCCUAAAUCUUCUUCGUGGAGCUGAGCUACAGUUGCAUACCCUUGGUGGACCCCAGCCUGCCCGACUCACUUUUAUUUUGGUUGACGAGUCAGGUGUUUCUUUGAAGUCAAUUAAUGUUUCAACACCUGGUCAAUCGAAUCCACCGCUACUCCAAUUUUUCACCUCUGGCCGCAAUCGCCUAGAUAAAGACUCCAUCGAUUCAAAGAAUGCAUUUGCGUUGGAUUUGGAUAACACCUCAUCUAACAAGUUAGUGACAACCACUUUGGCCGGUUCAAGCAGUGCUAGUGUACUUAUACGAGCCGCGGUUGGUCUUGGGGCGUCAGGAGUGGCCCGAGUGAAAGCCGUGGCCAUUGCACUUCCGGUAGUAGCGGCGCCGUUCAAAGGGAAUGCUUCAGCUGGUCUCCCAAUUUAUGAAACUGGCCCUGCUGUCUCGGAGACCAUAUGUACCAUCAACGUUGUAGGCAUCUCUGCGGUCCGUAUUGGAUGUCCCCUUGGUGGCAAAGUGCCUUCAGAUGAAUCCGCUUCUUCUACUUUUUCUGAAAUGCCCGACUCAACAGGGGGUCGAUUAGGGUCUGCUCAUUCUGAAAGUACGCGUUAUCUUGUGGCAAGCAGAACCGGUGGAAAUCAUCGGCCACUUGGUUCUCUAGGCCUCAAUGAUCCUCCAGGAGUAAGUUCGGUUCAACAUGGGCCCACGAGAUCAGGUGCUCCUCUCUGGGUUGAAGGCUUAGUUGCUCCCACUUUGCCUGCGGCUCAACGGAAAUCGCAUAACUCGCCUUCAUCGGCGCACAAAUCUGGCUCUAACUCCGAUGGUGCAGAAUCAGAUGACAUCGGCUUUGGCGUUUUUGGCGGGCUCGUCAGUCCGAUUGGCAUGGCAGGCAUUAAACCGAGCCUUAGAUUUAUAUGGCGACUGAAUCCACCACAACCAAGUGCUCCUGCUCGACUUGACUACUGGCUGCAUUCCUUCGGUGUUUUAACACAAGAGGUUAGUGGAUUCUUAGUCUUUUAUUUUUUAUAUUUAUGA